AUGUCUAAGUUUACCAUUGCUUUGGCUUUGAUCGCCUUGUUUGCGCUGGUGUCGGCGCGACCGCAAAAUGGUCCUGGAUCAGUGGAUGUUGUCGAACAAGAUCCCGGUGCAGUGAACGUUGUUGGUGGAGGUGAACAAGUACAAGUUGUCGACGGAGGUGAACAAGUUAAUGUCGUCGAUGGACCCAGCGGUCCGCAGCCAAGGCGAUGA